CGACGCAACUGUGUUCAUCUUAUAAAAGUCAAGUAUGUAACUUUCGAAGUGUUAUUCAUAUUUAUAUUGUCAUUUGUGUUAUGAAAGACAAGGGUACUUUGAAAAAGUCAUGCACUUUGCAUACACUAAUUAUGAUUCUGUUCUCAGGGACAACGUUUUUGUGGCUUGGGGCAAGUAAUUUACCCGACAAGACAUGGGAAUGGCACAACCCGAUUAAGCCUAUAAAGUUUUCCGACUGGCAAAGCACUCAACCUAGUCAUCCGAACAGUGAACAUUGUAUGGUUUACUGGAAAUCUAAUGAAGGCUUCAAAUGGGGUGACGUGAGAUGUGAUAGAAAACAAGAAUUUCUAUGUCAAAGGACAAAGUUAUCAGAAAAGGACAGCAGCUGUAGUGAAAAGAAACCAGUAGGACAGAAAUGCAAGACAAUCUGUCUUUAGAUUAAAAAUGAUAUAAAUGCAA